AUGCCAGUCUCAGAGUACCGAACAGACCGCGAGACUACGCACAAGCUAGAGACUCGUGGGGUCUUCGAUAGCCUCGCCAAUGAUGAUACUCAGGAUGAAAACCGCUCUAAAGCCUACGCUCACCACUUAGCCCGGGCGUGCUGGCACGGGGGUCGGAUUGUUCUUCGCCAGACUUCGCCUGAGUCAGAGGGAAUAUUUGACUUUAUGAUGGAACUGCACAGAGCAUGCAACGGGCGAUGGGACACUGUUCGUCAUCUUGGCAUCGAGCAGGAGGAUCUUGAUGCAUGGCUUGAGUUUGCUGGCACCUUCCUUUCCAGCCUUGGUAACUAUUUCGAUGAUGGAGGCCGGAAAGCCACCCCGAAUGUUCCCAAACACGCCCUACUCAAGAUGGCGAGCAUAUCACCCGAGGCGACCGCGAAGCUUGAAGAGGUCCUUGAACCGAUGAUGGCAACCCAACCGGGUCGACUUGGGUAUCCGGACAAAACAAGCCAGUCCGGCUUCUACCCUGGAACGGAGGAGAUCACAAAGGAAGAGAUCGAGGACAUCACCAAGCUAAUGGAAACCAAAAAGGUCGCCCCAGAGAACACUCGCCUUCGGAAGCUCGACCAGCGAAACACCUCGGCUCCCGAUGAUUUUGAAGUGUUUGAAAUCCUCCAGGCUUCUGUAGAAAAAGACCCCAUACCCCAGCUUCUUGGGGACAUCAAGAUCGGAGGCCAGCGUCAGUUACGAGUUUUGCUUUCCCGCGGCGAUCAUACCAAAGAAAUGGCCAAGAUUUGUGUAGAGCUCAGUGAGGCACGCAAAUACGCCGCUACUGACGAACAGAAGACUGCACUUUCCCAACUCAUUGAGAGCUUCCGCACUGGAGACUACGAGAUCUUCCGUUCCGCCCACAAAACAUGGGUUAAAGACAAAGCUCCUCCAGUGGAACAUUGCAUGGGUUCCCUUUUCGGCUAUCGCGAUCCCUAUGGCGCGAGAGCGGAUUGGUUAGCUGUAGCUGGUAUCGCUCAUCCCGAGGAAACGAGAAAAAUGAGACUGCUCAUUGAGCAGUCUCCGGAACUUAUCCGCACGCUCCCUUGGGCGAUACCUGAUGAGAACAACGGGAAAGGACCGUUUGAGCCCAGUGAACUGGAUGUCCCUGACUUCGCGAUAAUUCAUGUACUCGCCUCUGUUUCCAGCACUGUUUGGGAAGCCAUGAACAUUACUUUGGACGACGAUGAUGGAAAGAGACACGGUGUCAAGAAUCUAGUUUUCGGCAAUCGAAUGAGUCUCAAUAGCAGUCCCGGCCGUCCAUGCUAUUAUGUUCACCCUUCAGAGGCUGAGGCGUACAUGGGCUGUGCCCAUAUCUCACGCUUCAUCGGCACCGCCAUACAUGAACUUGUCGGACACGGGACAGGAAAGCUGCUGGCUGAGACGGGACCAGGCACCUUCAACUUUGAUCACAAGAACAGGCCGAUCAGUCCAAUUACAGGCCAUCCCAUACAGACUUGGUAUGAACCGGGGGAAACAUGGAAUAGUGUGUUUGGCAAAUUGGCACCGACAGUGGAAGAGUGCAGAGCAUUCCUAGUCGCAAACUACCUGGCUGAUAACAAGGACAUUCUCGCCCUGUUUGGAUAUGAUCAGAAUAGCAAGCCAACAUCAGAUGACCGUGAGUAUCCCGAUGACGGGGCAACGGAAGUGCCUACAUGA